GAUGAGGCGGCGCGGCCGGAGCGGCGGCGGGAAGCGGAGGCGGAGGUGACGCGCCGGGGCCGGCGGGCCGGGCCAUGCAGCGCUCCCGGGCGGCUGCGGACGAGGCGGCUCUGCUCCUGGCCGGGCUGGCCCUGCGGGAGCUGGAGCCGGGCAGCGACUCUCUGGGCCGGGGUCGGCGGGGACCGAGGCCCGGGCCGGGAGACGAGGCGGCGCAGGCGCUGGGCCGCAGAGGGCAGGGCGGCGGCGGCGGCCCCGAGGCCGGGGCGGACGGACUGAGCCGCGGGGAGCGAGGCCCGCGGCGCGCGGCGGUCCCCGAGCUCAGCGCGCAGCCGGCGGGCAGCCCGCGGGCCAGCCUGGCGGGCUCCGACGGCGGCGGCGGCGGCGGCAGUGGCAGCGCCCGCUCCAGCGGCAUCAGCCUGGGCUACGACCAACGCCACGGAAGCCCGCGCUCGGGCCGCUCGGACCCGCGCCCGGGCCCCGGGCCGCCGUCGGUGGGCAGCGCCCGCUCCAGCGUGUCCAGCCUCGGCUCCCGCGGCUCGGCCGGCGCCUACCCUGACCUGCUCUUGCCCGGCGCCUGUCCCGCGCCGGCUCGCUCCCCGGAGCCGGCCGGGCCGGCCCCCUUCGCUCUGCCUUCGCUCCAGCUGCCCCCGGGCCGGGAAGGCGGCCCGAGCGCGGCGGAGCGGCGGCUGGAGGCGCUGACCCGAGAGCUGGAGCGAGCGCUGGAGGCGCGCACGGCGCGGGAUUACUUCGGCAUUUGCAUCAAGUGUGGGCUUGGCAUCUACGGAGCAAGGCAGGCGUGCCAGGCAAUGGGGAGCCUGUAUCACACUGAUUGCUUCACCUGCAACUCCUGUGGGAGACGGCUUCGCGGGAAGGCAUUCUACAAUGUGGGUGAGAAAGUGUACUGCCAGGAGGACUUCCUGUACUCCGGGUUCCAGCAAACGGCUGACAAGUGUAGCGUGUGUGGACACCUCAUCAUGGAGAUGAUCCUUCAGGCCCUUGGGAAGUCCUACCACCCAGGCUGCUUCCGGUGCUCUGUGUGCAACGAGUGCCUGGACGGGGUGCCCUUCACUGUGGACGUGGAGAACAACAUCUACUGUGUCCGAGAUUACCACUCGGUUUUUGCACCAAAGUGUGCCUCCUGUGCCCGUCCUAUCCUCCCAGCACAGGGCUGUGAGACCACCAUCCGUGUGGUGUCCAUGGACAGAGACUACCAUGUGGAAUGCUAUCACUGUGAGGACUGCGGGCUGCAGCUGAGCGGGGAGGAUGGACGCCGCUGCUACCCCCUGGAGGGCCACCUGCUGUGCCGCCGCUGCCACCUGCGGCGCCUCCGACCCGGGCCACUUCCCUCACCUGCUGUGCACGUCACGGAGCUCUGAGCUGGAGCUCCGAGCUGGGGCGGGGAGAGCUGGGGCGGGGAGCCAGACUCUGGGGCCGUCUGCGCGCAGGCGCCCGUGUUUGUGUGUGUGCGCAGGCGCGCGUGUUUUUGCGUGUGUGUUUUUGCGCGCGCGCGCGCGCGCGGGCCGAUGGCUGAAGCAAGUCAGUGUCGGGGCUUCGUGCGGGCGGGCGCGGCCGCCGGCUCCCCCCCCGCCCCCUCCCCCCACUCGCCACCGAGCUGCUGUCCGAGGGGCUGGCCCCGCGGCGAAGCUACUAAUAUUUAUUCACCGUUUGUGCCUCCUCAAGCCGCUUCUUCCUCCCGGGCUCUGCCUGCCUCCCACCGCCACCCCAUCACCAGCCUUCUGUUUCGGGACCCCGCCUGUGCCCCAUAUCCUCGGGGGCAGGCUCCCAGACCCGCUGAGGGUCUCGGGGUAGAAGAUGGCCAUUACCGAGUGCAGGGGGCGGCCGCCGUCCUCCCACGGGCCCUGGGGCGGGAGCCAGUUUCCCUGUAUAGGUGGGACCUGGGACUCCUUUCAAGAGUGCGCGGGGCGGGGCAGUGUGUGGUCUGUCAGGCGGGGGUUUGCAAAGGGCACGCGGGUUUGUUUCAUAAGCGUCUUGCCCAUUGGUAGGUGGGGAGUGUGUCUUGUUUGGCUGGGGUCACUGGAGGAGGUGAGGAAUGACACCCUUGGGGAGUGGGGCCAGCGAAGGAGCCUUGCCUUUGGCCAUUGUGGUCACUUCGGGGUUUGGCCCCUGGGGUUCUAACGGGUGUUUCUAACCCUAGUCCUGCCUGGGUCUUUCCCAUCCCUGGCUCCUCCCUCCUCCGCCCCGGGAAAAGAACACCUCAGGCAGAAUUCCAGCCUCAGGUCUCGGACAAGAGAGACCGCGAGGGGGCGCCCUGCCCACUUGUUGGCAGAAAAGCACUGUGUAUUGGGCUCCACGACAAAAGCAUAUGAUUGACUUAAAUUAAGUUUUUCCUUUGAGAAUAUUUUCAUUUUCUUUAAAAGAAUAUAGUUUUCUUCUAAAAACUUGGUCCACGGUUGUUAUUUCUUAGGAAAAGUACAAGAAACUCACAAGUGUCCUAUUUGUAUAUCAUAUAGCUAAUGUUCAAGUGGUAAAACAUUGUAGUCUAACUAUUUUUGUAUAAAUUCCUUUGAAAUCUCAAAAUAUGUGUUUGCCUUUCAGACUUUAGAAUAGCAUGGGGUUUUUGUUUGUGUUGGUGUCGUGAGAGCAGUGACCUAAUGAAAUGUGGUAUGUGGAAAUGUAGAUUUUUUUUCCCCCUCUGAAAGACACAUCAAGAUUGGGAAGCUUGGGCUUCUCACUGAUGACUUAUGUUGGAUUUGCACUUGCGGAUGGCCCCUGCCGCUGGAGACCUCGAAUCACGACAGACCAUCACAGUGGUUUUUAGUACACUUGUUCUUAUGAGAACUGAACCACCUCUUCUUGGCUACUGCUGUUGCCCUCCUUUCUCCCCACUGUUAGAUGUGGGGUCUUUUUACUUGUAGGUUCAUUCAUCUAGGGGAGCCGGACGGUAAGAACUAGAACACUAUCGGGGGUGCGCAUUGGGAUGCGGAGGAGCGGAAGUGGCGGCCAGCGGUGUCCCGCUGGACUGAGGCCCGGAGCUUGGAGGCCCCCUAGUGGGUUUAAGAAGCAAGUACAUUGUGAGUUUGGUGACGGUUAACCAAAUAUUUUGAGCAAAGGUUGUCCCGAGCUGCGGGAAGCGUGGAUCAAGGUGCCUUCUUGGAGUAGGGGAUUCCAAUGGGGCAGAAGAGAGUAAAUUCUAGGAACGGGAGGCUGUUUUUGGCUUUCUCUUCCUCUUGAGCUGCGCUGCUUUGCUUUCUGGCCAGUUAUUUGCAAAGCUUUUUUUUCUUAUUGCUUCCAUUUGCCCUUGGUUUCUCCUUGUUGCAAAUUCAGCUCUUCUCCUUUUUCUUUCUUUGUGUCUGCUGUGGAGGUGGUCCCUGAUCUUCCUGUCAUGGACACCAUCAUCGCCUUCCAUACCUGCUCCAUCCCGGUUGCCAUGGUCUCCCACUGAGCUGGACUGAGUCAUCAUGGCAUGGAGCCCCCUUUGUGUUCAUGUGCCAAAUGUUGUCAAAAGUUAGAGCCAAGGGAAUACGUGACCCUGGGUGAGGGCAGCGGCCUCUGGCCACACUUUGCCCUUUCUCCAUGGGCUCCAUGGCUCCGUAUUGCUUUUUCCCAGCUCUGGUGACCACCACCGUCCCUCUUACCCUAGAACCUUUGCACCCGCAGUUCACUCUGCCUGGAUACACCCCCUACACAGUGCUUUAAUUCCUGGUCUCAUCCUUCUGAUCUCAGCUACACAAUUAAGCCAGACUCCCAGUUAAUACACUUUACCUAACACCCAGAAUUUGGGGCCCUACUCUCUAAGCUCUUUUCUACAAGCAGCAUCUUCCAGACCAUUGUCAGGAAUGGCGCUCAUCUGUUGGUGGUUGAGACAGGAAGCAGCGUGAAAGCCAGACUCCAGGCUUGGUAGCUUACCCAUUACCCUCCAAUGACGGGUGCCAAGCCCACCCACACCUAGGGUAUCUCCCCUGAUGUUGACACCUGGUGACACCUCUAACUGUGCUUUUGUUAACUGCUGGACUUUUGUGUAUUGAGAGAAUAAAAGUACUUAUUCUCUCUCUUU